UCGGUUGGAACAGAAGUUACUUCCGUUCUUGUCGGUGGGGUGAUAGUAUAGCUCUGUUUUAGAGUUUGAACUAGUAUAAUAAUACCUAUUGUGACGUUUAGAAAGAGCUGUGCUUGUGUCGAAGGGGUUUGAAAUCAAUAUACUGGUAUUUACCUGCAGCGGAGGCUUCAUGCUGUCUUCAUCUGCGGGGUUUAUUAUGGUGUAAACAGUAGCAGUUUCCCGAGAGACAGCAGGUGAUAGAGACCCGAGCGGCAAUGCUGACGCUGGCGAGCAAGCUGAAACGGGACGAUGCAGUAAAGAGUGGCCACAGCAACAGUGCCACUGCAGACUCCACGCGAAGGGUGUCUAUACGAGACAGGCUGCUGGUGAAAGGUAGUGCACAGAAAGUUGCAGAACUAGAAACAAAUCUUCCAAGUACGUGUAAAGUGAAUUUCCCUGAUGUAAACAAGCUCCACCACUUUCAGCUAGAUGUCACUCCAGAUGAGGGCUAUUACCAGAGUGGCAAGUUCCAGUUCGAGAUAGACGUUCCGGAAGCUUAUAAUAUGGUGCCUCCCAAAGUGAAGUGUUUGACUAGAAUAUGGCACCCAAACAUCACAGAGACAGGCGAAAUCUGUUUAAGUUUACUCAGAGAACAUUCAAUUGACGGUACAGGCUGGGCUCCAACAAGAACACUAAAGGACGUUGUGUGGGGACUGAAUUCGUUAUUUACUGAUUUGUUGAAUUUUGAUGACCCCCUGAAUAUUGAAGCAGCAGAGCACCACCUCCGUGACAAGGAUGAUUUCCGAUGUAAAGUUCAAGAUUUUAUCAAGCAGUAUGCCAGAUGAUGACAACAGCCCAGCCUUCCUGAGACUGUGCAUUACACUCUGUGCUGCUAAGCCUCCUAUCUCUUGACUUGUAUCAGAUAUAAAGGAAUUUAAAAAUAUAUAUUUACAUUAAGAAAAAAAAUACUUAAAACAAAGUAAAUAAAAAGAACUCCACUGGACUGUACUAACAGUCCUGUAUCAGUAUUCAACUGAUGCUACAAAGUGAAAAGAAAGUGUUCUCUGCCUAUAUCACCGGGGGGUCAGCAUUAAUACAGAGGGAAACUGCAUGCAAGUUUUCUUUAUUUAAAAGAAGCAUAGACCCACGGCACUCUCUCUUCCAAUACCAGUGCCAGACAAACCCCCCCCCCCCCCCCCCCCCCGAGAAAGGCUUCAAGAGAACAAUCACCUCAUCACUUUAUUUUUUAAACUGUUUACACAUGUGCAGCAGCAGCAGCAGCAGAACUCUAAAGCAAAUUAAUCGUACCUGCUUUCUGAAGUAUUAAUUCAAGAUCUUUGUUUUAGUUUUAUAAGUUCAAUAUUAAAUCUUUCUUUUUAAA